AUGGGUGUCCAGAUGCCGCUAUGGAAGCAAGAUUUGGGGCAAUAUGAAGAAAGAGGAAGUUAUUUCACUUUUGUUACGCAUUUUUGCUUUGUAACAGCAGUACAAGACGCAUAUUGUCACGAGCGUAGCAGUGCGCUGCAGCCGGGGGAUGCAGCUGGCAUGUUGUUGAGGCGAGCACGUGAUCGGUUGUGGUCGCAGCUGCGGCGCCAUUCACGGGCUUCACGUGCCAACGCCGAUGCGCAGCUGAGAUCCAGCGAGCAGGCCUGUGUGGUAUCGGAGGGUGCUAUCACACGAAUCGAUAUCGCUCACUUGCCAGCCAAUCAGCCAACCGAAGAUUUUUAUGCAACCGCAAAGUGCCUUUCAUCCGACGCUUUCCUUUUUGGCGUAUUCGAUGGUCAUUGCGGUAAUGCUUGUAGUCGUUACAUUUCAACGCAUCUUUUUGAUUAUGUUAGCGCAGGUGCCUUAAAACGACACAUUAUCAUGGAUUUGCCGCUCAAAGACAGAUUGCAAUGGCUUUAUACGAAUGGCGAUCCGCUAGAUGAGAAAUUUAGGUGCAAUUCCUGGUUCAUUUCUGUCUGA